CAGUUGUCUAUGGACAAUUUUGAUUUGAUCGAGAAAAUUGCACGAGGUUCUUACAAUGUUUUGAAUUUAAUUUCUUCGUUUUAGAAGUAUAAUCUUAUCGCUACGUGACUAUUAAAUAUUAACUAAAUAAAAUAAAUAACUAUACUCAAAGUUAGGAAUGGGUUUGUGACAACUAUUAUGAGAUGAGCUGACUCAACUUAUUCGCAUUGGUUCAAGGAGAUAAAUCUGCUGUGGUUAGCUGCAAUAUCCAAAUAUGAUGAACGGAGCAGCCAGCAGUGAGGGCAGUGAGGUGAACCUCAUAGCCGAUGAGCUCAGCCGAGCUGUUGAGCUCACCCUUAAUCCUGCAGUAUCUCAUGAGGCUCGCUCGCAAGCAUAUAAUGCAUGUGAGAGCUUCAAAGAGAAUUCACCAUGGUGUGCCCAGGCUGGUCUGCUCCUCGCCAGUGGGAAUCAGUACUCAGCUGUAGUCAAACACUUUGGCCUUCAGCUAAUGGAACACACAGUCAAAUACAGGUGGACACAAAUUGUACAAGCUGAGAAAAUAUUUAUCAAGGAAAAUGCAAUGAAGCUUUUGUAUAUGGGAGGUUGGGAAAUUGGCCAUCUAAAUGAUGCUCUAGCUAGAGUAAUAGUUGAAAUGAUAAAGAGGGAGUGGCCGCAGCAAUGGCCGACACUACUGCAAGAACUGAGUGAUGCGUGUGCGAGAGGACAUAUUCACACACAGAUUGUACUGCAUGUGUUCCUAAGACUGGUGGAAGAUGUUGCCACUUUACAGACCCUGGAGCAGCACCAGCGUCGCAAGGACAUCUACCAAGCACUGACAAGCAACAUGGCGGAGAUAUUUGCAUUUUUCAUGAGACUCAUUGAGCUCCAUGUCCAGGAGUUCAGGGAGAAGACUGCCGCUGGCGACUACGCUGCUGCCACCAGCAAUGAGAGGGUGGUUCAGGUGGUGCUCCUAACACUGACGGGCUUCGUGGAGUGGGUGUCGAUGAGCCACGUGGUGUCGAGCAGCGGGCGGCUGCUGCAGAUGCUGUGCGUGCUGCUGCAGGACGACGCCUUCCGGCUGCCGGCCGCCGACUGCCUGCUGCAGGUCGUCAACAGGAAGGGCUCCACGAAGGAGCGAAAGCCACUGAUGAUCCUGUUCAGUGAAGAUGCGAUCUCGUGCGUGCACCGCGCCGCCGUCGCCUCCAUCAACGUCGUCGACGAGAAGAACUACUUGUUCCUCAAGAAACUCACUCAGGUGGCAGCAGGCCUAGCCCAGCAACUCACCUCCCUAUGGAGCAACGCAACAAACGUCGACUCCUGGAUGCCGGUGCUUCUGGAAACGUUCCUAGUGCUGACGUCACAUCCGUCGCUGACUCUCGCACACACAACCAACUCCGUCUGGCUGGCGUUGUUCAAGCACGAACAGAUUAGUAAACUGCCGCAUCUACAGGCUGUUGUGUCGCGGUGGUUGCAGCUCUCUGCGCCUAAGGUUUUGAAGGUGUCGUUCCCACAAUCACGCGUGAGCUCGGGCCACGACGCGGUGUCGUAUGCCUGCAUGGACUACGACAGCGAGCAGGAGUUCAACAUAUUCUUCAGCCGCUGCCGCACAGAGAUACUGGAGAGCUUCAAACACUGUAUGACCGCCGCGCCGCUGGUGACGUGGGCGCACUGCGCCGCGUGGACGCGCUCGGCGCUGGACGAGGUAGGCGCGUGCCCCGCGCGCCUGCACGCCGCGCACCCGCUGCACGCGGAGUGGGAGGCGCUCUCGCAGGUCCUAGACGUGGUGCUGUCGCGUCUCCUCUUAGCUGAACCGCGUCCCGACGUGGCGGAGGGGCUGCAGCUGUUGCAGCGCUGCGUGGCCGCCGACCCGCCCGCGCCGCUGCUGCUGUCGCUGCUGCUGUCCCUCAUCUCCGCGCUGUUUGUGUUCCUCAGCUGCGCCUACAGCCAGCUCGCAGGGCCAGCAGUAGGCAGUGCGGGCGCGGACCUCCUCCCCCGAGUCCUCGACAAGAUCUUCCUGGCGCUGGUGUACGAGGGGGCGGAGGGGGAGGGCGGGGAGGGGCGGCGCUCGCGGGCCGUCAAGAACGUGCGCCGCCACGCCGCCAGCCUGCUCGUCAAACUGGGCUCUAAGUACCCGCUACUCCUACUACCAGUGUUUGGUAGAUUCCACGCGAUGACCCUGCAAGCACUAGCUCGACCCGACCUCAGCGCGGUAGAGAGUGUGACUCUACAAGAAGCCUUGCUACUGGUUUCCAACCACUUCUGCUGCUAUGAGCGACAGAGCGCGUUGGUGGCUCAGGUCCUCGGCGACUGCAGUUCCCGCUGGACCGCGCUCGGGCCUCACAUCUCCUCCGCGUCCGGCCUGGCCAGCCUGGUGGGGCUGGACGCUCCGCCCAGCGACGAACAAGACGAGCGGGGCCGCGCGCGCCGCACCCUUCUGCACGCGCUCACGCUCGUGCUGGGCGUGGUCAAGCGGACCUGCGUGCCCGACGACCCCGACAAAGCAUCCCGCGGCGGCUUCAGCGCCGGCGUCACGCCCUCAGGGAACCCAAUAUGGCGGAACCCGUGCGGAGCCCACGUCCUACCCCUCCUACCUCACGUGCUAUCCCUAGCCAGGUCUCUACACGACCUGCACGCGCCCGGGGCGGCGGCGCUAAGGCACCCGGCCCACGCGCGGGCGCUGGCGCUACCCGCCGCCGAGCAACACAAUCUGCUCGGGCUGAGAGAUCACGAUAAUGUCACGACCGCGCCGCAAGAUCGUAUGCAGAACUUCUUGCAUACGUUGCAUGAUAAUGUGUGUCACCUAGUCGGCUCGGCAGCCACCACCCUCGGGCGCGAGCUCUACUCCGUGCCAGGGCUGGCCAACGCGCUCUCCGGGUCGCUUCUCCACGGGCUGGAGUACUUACCCGACCACUGGCUGCGGCCCAUCGUGCGCAGCGCGUUGAAGCCCCUGCUUCACCACUGUCCGCCGGCGCAUUUUGCCGAUGUUGCCGUGCCGGUGUUCGAGCAUUUCGCGCCGUUUAUGCUAACGCAUCUGACGCAGCGGUGGGACUACAUCACGUCUCUGUACGAGUCCGGUAAACUGGAGGAGGAGGGCAGCAGCGACGCACAAGAGGUGUUAGAAGAUAUGCUCGUCAGGAACCUUACUAGGGAAUAUCUGGAAGUGUUGAAGAUCGCAUUCGUCGGCGGCUCCCUGACCACCCCCACCGCCGGCUGCAACGACAUGGAGGAGGACGCCGCGCCCCCUCCGCGCGCCGCCGAGACCGUCUGCGAGCUCGGCGCGCUGCUCGUGUCCGCGCCACACUACCCGCACGCCAUGCACACGAUAUACCGCGCCCUAACCUGGGGCGAUUCCGCGGCCUCCCUCCGCGCAUGCGCUCUCCUCCUCCCAGUGACACGGGCCGGGCUGUCCGCGGGGCGUCUGUCCGCGGCGGACGCGGGCGGCGCGCUGGCGGCCGUGCUGCAGGCGCUGCGCACGCACGGCCAGCACGACGCCAACCAGGCCGCGCUGCUGCACGCCGCUGUACAGAUCUACGAAGCCCUCCGUCCGUCGUUCCCGGCGAUCGUGAGCGUGCUCGGCGCCAUCCCGGACGUGGACGCGCACGACCUGCACCGCCUCGACGAGAAGCUGUGCUCGCAGCCCGCGCGGCCCAGCAAGACGGACAAGAGCAAGCGCGAGCUGUUCAAGAAGAUCACGGCCAGGUUAAUCGGCCGCAACGUCGGCCAGCUGUUCAAGAAGGAGGUGUUCAUAAUGGACCUGCCCACCAUGAGCGCGCCGAGCAAGGAGAAGCCCCGCGCCGCCGUCGACACACCAGAGGGCGCCGGCCUAGACAAGCUGUUCCAAGCGCCCGCCACGUAGCGAAGCCACCCCGAGCCAGUUAAGAAACAAGAGGAAAUACAACUAGGGAUUACCAGAUUAUACAGACUAGUUAUCGAAAGCUAGCACUUGACAUGUUGCGCUUGUGCGGUGUCUUUGAGUAAGCGCGUGACGUUUUGCUACUGAGGUCCUAUCAGGCGCUAACGUGGCAAUUCGAUAUUAUUUUCGAUACUACACAAACAUUUGGAAAAAUUACAGCGCCAACGUAGUCACUUUUGGAACUAACAAAAUUGCCUUACAUUUUGACAGUGACAGUUGACGAUACGCAACGUAAACGGUGGUUCGAAAAUCUUGGAAUCGCUGCACUGUUUAUAAAUACAGCAUGAUAUUUUCGGUGUUCAUUUGUUAGUGACAGUCACGUGUGAUCGACGCGUCGUGUAUGUUAAACAUACUGUAUAGGGAGAUUGCAUAUGUGUGAGCACUGAAAACGUGUCAGCUUUAGUUAACUGGCAUGUAAUACAGACCAAUCAAAUGACUGUGAAAAAAAUGCUUGCAUUGUAUCGCUUUAUUCACAGGCUGUGCUAUUGGUUACUUGAAUGUAUAGUGUGUUUUGUAUAGAAUGUGACAACCGUUUACUGUAUAUCCCUAGAUUUAUUUCAUCUAAUCGGCCGAUCUGACUUAUGACAUUUUAUGAAGUAAUACAAUCGUAUAAAUAAAUUAUAGACAAAUAAACGGAGCCCUAAAAAUGUGAUAAGUUUUUAAACUAUGUAGUAGACUAUGUAAUUUUUUUAGUCGCCAGUAUACAAGUUUCAUGUUGUGUCGUAAGUCGGUUUUAAGUAAAGACUCGCGUAUAGCCAUAUCUACUCGCAAUGUUACUCUUAUUGUACCAUUUAUAUGUUAUUUAAAUAAAUAAACUAAACGAAAAAUUCAA